AUUCUCAUAUUGUUUAAUUUCUUUCUUUGAAAUGGAAUAUAUACACAGGAGCUAUCUGGAGAUGGAAAAACGGUUUAAGAUCUUUGUAUACAAAGAAGGGGAUCCCCCAUUGUUCCACGACGGUCCAUGCUAUAAUCUGUACACCACUGAAGGAAUUUUCAUCCACAAAAUGCAGAUGGACAUCCAUUUCCAAACCCAAGAUCCUGAAAAAGCUCAUGUAUUCUUCCUUCCCUACAGCAUAACGAGGAUGAGACAGUAUGUACGGGCACCUGGAAAACAUUUUGAUGGCAUAGGGAACCUAGUUCAAGACUAUGUCAAUGUUAUUGCCAGAAAACACCACUACUUCAACAGGAGUCUUGGCACCGACCAUUUCAUGCUCUCUUGCCAUGACUGGGCGCCAAUCACUAGUUUUUAUAGUCCACUCUUGGGUGAAAACUCAAUUCGUGCCCUGUGCAAUGCAAACACCUCCGAACGAUUCAACCCCGUGAAGGACGUAUCCAUCCCAGAACUCAAUCUCAUGCCUGGCAGAAGCGAGCCGGGUAGCGUUGUUGGGGGGCCAUCCCCGUCGCAACGCAGAAUCUUAGCCUUCUUCGCUGGAGGAAACCACGGCCCUGUAAGGCCAUUGGUGUUCAAGCAGUGGGAGAACAAGGACCCAGAUAUUCAGAUUCAUAACUAUCUACCCAAGGGCGUUUCUUACCAAAAGCUAAUGAGGAACAGCAAGUUCUGUCUUUGCCCAAGCGGGUACGAGGUUGGCAGUCCCAGAAUUGUUGAGUCACUGUACAAUGGCUGCGUGCCGGUGCUGAUCUCGAAGGGUUACGUGCCGCCGUUCAGUGAUGUUCUGAAUUGGAAGAUGUUUGCAGUUACUGUUUCCCUGGAAGACAUGCCCAAUCUGAAGAAAAUACUGUUGGGUAUUUCGGAUAGUCAGUAUAUAAGAAUGCACAGGAGAGGGGUUCAGUUGAGAAGGCAUUUUCAGGCAAAUACUCCUCCCAAACGGUUCGAUUUGUUUCAUAUGAUACUUCACUCCAUUUGGCUCAGAAGACUCAACACCAGAAUCGUUAAGGAUCUUGAUGCUGUGACCAAUUGAUGAAUCAAGUAUUGGUAACGGUUUGAUGUGUUAACGUGCACCACCUUCGACAUGAAAUUGUGAAACAAUGUUGUAAGCUUGAAAUUGUGAAACAAUGUUGUGAGCUCCCUCAGUGGACAUCCUACGAUUUCAAUUUUAAAUCUUAGAAUAAGUGAAAGAGUUUAAAAAAAGGGAGGAUAAUUAUUAUUGCAUAAGAAUAGUCCCUCAAUAAAUUUCAAUCUUAAAA